GCCUCCUUUUUAGUAGAAAUUUCAAGCAUUAUUUUUGACAGCUGCCUUCUGCUGAAUGUUCACUGGGUGAAACUGAAGGUCCUCAGAAGAAAUAAAUUAAGAAGAACCUGUGCCUUACGUCCUUCCCAGCUGCUGUGGAUGGCCCUGACUCUCUUAACUACCCUUCCCAGUAGGAUGUCACUGAGAUCCCUCAAAUGGAGCCUUCUGCUGCUGUCUCUCCUGAGUUUCCUUGUGAUGUGGUACCUCAGCCUUCCCCACUAUAACGUGAUAGAGCGUGUGAACUGGAUGUACUUCUAUGAGUAUGAGCCAAUUUAUAGACAAGACUUUCACUUUACACUUCGAGAGCAUUCAAACUGCUCUCAUCAAAACCCAUUUCUGGUCAUCCUAGUGACCUCACACCCCUCAGAUGUGAAAGCCAGGCAGGCCAUUAGGGUUACUUGGGGUGAAAAAAAGUCUUGGUGGGGAUAUGAGGUUCUUACAUUUUUCUUACUAGGCCAGCAAGCUGAAAGGGAAGACAAAAUGUUAGCGUUGUCCUUAGAAGAGGAGCACCUUCUUUAUGGUGACAUAAUACGACAAGAUUUUUUAGACACAUAUAACAACCUGACCUUGAAAACCAUUAUGGCUUUCAGGUGGGUAACUGAGUUUUGCCCCAAUGCCAAGUACAUCAUGAAGACAGACACUGACGUUUUCAUCAAUACUGGUAAUUUAGUGAAGUAUCUUUUAAAUUUAAACCACUCAGAGAAGUUUUUCACAGGUUAUCCUCUCAUUGAUAAUUACUCCUACAGAGGAUUUUACCAGAAAAACCAUAUUUCAUACCAGGAGUAUCCUUUCAAGGUGUUCCCUCCCUACUGCAGUGGGCUGGGUUAUAUAAUGUCCAGAGAUUUGGUGCCAAGGAUCUAUGAAAUGAUGGGUCAUGUAAAACCCAUCAAGUUCGAAGAUGUUUAUGUCGGGAUCUGUUUGAAUUUGUUAAAAGUGGACAUUCAUAUUCCAGAAGACACAAACCUUUUCUUUUUAUAUAGAAUCCAUUUGGAUGUCUGUCAACUCAGACGUGUGAUUGCAGCCCAUGGCUUUUCUUCCAAGGAAAUCAUCACAUUUUGGCAGGUUAUGCUAAGGAACACCACAUGCCAUUAUUAACUUUACACUCUACCAAAAAUCUAGAGAAGGGCAGGAUGCUUUGUGGAAAAGUCUUAAAGUUGGUGCUGUGGAGAACUCAUGGAAAAGUCAGUGUGCUGGCUCACACUGAACUGAGAUCAUGGAGAACCCAUAGAUUGGAGGGCCACACAUUACUAGUGAUUUAUUUUGACAAAAUUCAAGUCCCUUAAAAGUGGUAUUCAGAGGAAUUAAAUAUCUUAUAAAGGAAUCAGGUUUUUGCCUGAAAAUUAAUAGGGCCAAACAUUGAACAUGUCAUUCUAUAGACUAGAAUUUCCUAAAAGGGUUUUCUUAAUUAUAAGCUCAUUAGUCCGUAACAGCAAAGCAGUGUGGAGUUCUAUUUAUUGAACAGUUUAGUCACUUAAGGGUUUAGUGUGUAUCUUACAUGGGUUACCAAUUUUUAAAAACUAUAUAGUUCUGUGUAAAAAAAAAAAAACUUCACUGACAUUAUACUGAACAAAAUUAAUUAUAUCUGUUUUUGGUCAUUCAGAAGGCACUUAAAGAUGUUGCGGCAUUUUGGAGUUACCAGUUAUUAUUUAAUGUUACUUCAAACUUUCUGGGUGUUUAAAAUGUUAUUAUGGUGGUUUCAAUACUGUAUAAUAGAAUAGUGAAUCAAUUUUUAUAUUUGAGCUUUGUUCCAGUUACUUCAUUGAUCAGUUUAUUAUUGAUAGCCCCAUUAAUGUGAAAGUCAUAGUUCAUUUAUUGAGUAUCAGUACUCUCUUGGACUUCAUUUUAUAUUUUACUGUGGUAAUGUAAAGAAUAAUUAAAGCAAGAAAAUCUGAGUUAUUGUCUUGUUUUUGAAGCUAUAGUUCUCAGUGUUCUUAGAUAUCACUUUAUCUGUUUCAUUUUUCCCCUGGAACUUAGAAAUUAUAUAGAAUGCCAGGCAGUGUAUUUCCUUUUAGAAAGGACUCUGAAGGCACAAAAGAAGGGAGAGGACAGAAUGUUAUGAGAAGAGUGUCCUUUAUCAGUAUUUGGGUUAGAAAAACAAGACUGAAGAUCCAAGUUGCAAUGUUAAUCUUACCCUGUGUGUUUUCUCAUUAACAAUGAACUUGUGAAUAAAGAGGAAAAAAAAGAAA